GUAAAGGCAGCUUUUUAUUAUUUCAUCGCUCUUUCUUCCAUUUUGAUCUCCACAAAAAUUACACUUUUCAAGAAAAAUUUGGGGUCUUUUGAGUAUUAGUCGUGAAGCAUUUCAAAAGUGCUUCUUGUUGAUUAGAUAGCACUAUUGAGCUUAAGGGGCUGAAUCUGUAUGCAGAGAGAAGUAAAAUUUGAGAGAACCCCAAUUGGGGAAGGUAAAAAAGAACGGAGAGAUAAAAGCAUGAUUUGUCAAUGUAGUUUGGAAUUGUUAAGUGGGUACCCCAUAUUCAAGCAAAAGCUUCGGGUUUGUGCCUUUUGCAACUGGUUUUGGUGGACCAUAAUGAGAAGAAGAAGGAGAUUGAUGCAAACUCGCCUUCAAUGGACCACUGAGGUUGAAUUUUUUUUCUUUUUUCUUUUCCUUUCCAUGGCCAUGAACAAAGAGAUCCCUACUAUUCCCUUCUCUUUAAGUCUUGAGCCAUUUUCUCUCUCUAUUUCUGCACUCUGUACUGUUCAGACUUUGUACUUGGUGGGUUAUUCGGGAGAGGCCCUCUUGGGAUUAAGUGAAAAGAAGUUUGAUAAAUCAGCUUCUUUCUCUUUCUUUUCCUUCUCUCUUUUUUCACAACAUUGUUUUCUCCUGAUUCAGAAUCUGGGUCAUCGCUUCUUAUGCUUUUCAAGUUUGUUUUCACUUUCUUCUCCGUCUUCUGUUUGAGAAAAUGCAUGUGUCAUUUUGUUCUUCUAUUGGGUUUUUUUACUGAGUUUGUUUUGGUGAUUUGGGGAACAAAUGAGUAGUAAACAGGGAAACUUGGUUGGAUUGCAUGUCAUUGUAUUGAACUUCAAAGUUCACCUGCCAUUUGGGGAAGGGAAAUCCCACUUGGGGUUCUCUCUCUUUCUCUUUCUUUUUCUUCUGACCACAACUCAUUAACCUAGAGAGAUUCCUAAAAGAUAACAGAGGAAGCUGCAUGAAGAAUCACAGAAACAAUGAGCGAUGGGAAUUCGAAGAAAAGCAAGCUCUCAUGGUCCAAGAAGAUGGUUACAAAAUGGUUCAAUAUCAAGAGUAAAAGUGGAAGUGGAGAUUAUCAGGCAGAUCACGGUAUUUAUGAAAGAGGUGAUGUUGAGUAUAGGAAUAGUAUUUCAAUGAGAGAGAAUUACACUGAUGAAUCUAGUAAGAGCAUAGAGCAUAGCCACCAUGGACAUAUGAAUAUCGACAAUCCUCGUAUCAUAGAUGUUCAGGACUAUAGCAUUUUUGUUGCUACAUGGAACGUCGGUGGCAGAUCCCCUCCUAGUAAUCUAAGUUUAGAAGACUGGCUUCAUACCUCAGCCCCUGCAGACAUUUACGUACUUGGAUUUCAAGAGAUAGUUCCACUUAAUGCUGGUAAUGUGUUGGGCGCAGAGGACAGCGGUCCUGCCAGGAAAUGGCUAACCCUCAUUCGGAAAACACUAAACAAUCUUCCCGUCUCAAGUGGAGAUAAAAUGUGCUACAUGCCAUUUCCCACCCCUAAGCCAGCCAUAGAAUUGAAUGAUGAUUUUGAGGAAUCAAUGAGGCUCAAGGACUCAUCUUACUGUCGUCGUCGAUCUUUUCAUACAACUAAUAGCGGUAGACCAUCUAACGACCAGUCAACUGCUCUGCCUCAACUUGAUAGAAGAUUUAGCAUCUCUAAUCAUGUGAUCUUUGACCACCGGCCCAGUGACUACGAAUCCAGUUUCAGAUGGGGACACAGGCUAAGCAACUAUAACAGGCAAAGUGAUUAUUGUAGGCAAAGCAAUGACUCAAGGCUGAGUGACUAUUCCAAAUGGGGAUCAUCCGAAGAUGAUGGAUGCCAUGGGGAUUUGACAAGUGAAACUUUAUUCUCACCACCGUUAUAUAACGGAUCCACAUCCAAGGAAGAUGAACUCAGAAGUUUGGGACAUUCACGGUAUUGCUUGGUUUCUAAUAAACAAAUGGUUGGCAUUUUUCUCACAAUAUGGGUCAGGAGUGAAUUGAAGGAUAGAAUACGGGACGUGAAAGUAUCCUGUGUUGGUAGAGGAUUGAUGGGUUAUCUAGGAAAUAAGGGAUCAAUUUCAGUCAGUUUGUCUUUGCAUCAAACAAGCUUUUGCUUCAUCUGUAGUCACUUAACCUCAGGACAGAAACAGGGUGAUGAGCUAAGAAGGAACUCUGAUGUGAUGGAGAUCCUGAAGAAGACCCGGUUUCGGUGUGAUCGAGGUUUGCCUCAUCAGAAGUCACCCCAAACAAUCCUUGAGCACGAUCGAAUUAUCUGGUUUGGAGAUUUAAAUUACCGAAUCGCUUUAUCUCACCGCUCUGCCAAGGCACUUGUUGAGAUGCAAAAUUGGAGAGUGUUGCUUGAGAAUGAUCAGUUACGUAAUGAGCAGAAUUACGGCCGAGUCUUUGUUGGAUGGAACGAAGGCAAUAUAUAUUUUCCACCCACUUACAAAUACUCAAAUAAUUCAGAUCAAUACUCUGGGGAUGGUAUGUACUGGAAGGAGAAACGUCGGACUCCUGCUUGGUGUGAUCGGAUUCUGUGGUAUGGACAAGGUCUCCGUCAAUUAUCGUAUGUCCGGGGUGAAUCCCGGUUUUCAGAUCAUAGACCUGUUUAUGGCAUGUUUUGUGCUGAGGUAGAGUCAAACCAUGGCCAAUUAAAGAAAAACAUGAGUUCUAGUUCCAAGAUUGAUGUGGAGGAGCUUUUACCAUACUCUCAUGGAUAUACUGAACUGAACUUUUACUGAAAGAGUGUAAUGGCUGGGACUGGUGUUUAUAAACCAACUAUGAAAGUACUUCAUCUUCGCCUUAAACCAGCUCCAGGAGAAAUGAUAUUUGAAGAAUUCCAGCCAUGAUGGUGAACAAACAUCAAACAGUUCUCAGAAAUCUUUCAUGUCCAUAAAGCAGGAGGAUAUUAAAAUGUUGGAAUUGGGUUGAAUUACACAGACCCACAGUGGUUUCCAACAUAUCAUGAUCUCAAAUAAUCAGAACUCCAUAUAUUUCUCAGGUAAUUGAUUGGUAGAUUAUGAUGGUGAUGAUUUUAUUUUGGCCUGGAAUAAACAAUCACUUAAAACUCCAGCCGAAUAACAGGUAAAUAAAUACUGUCUAUGUCGCCCCUCAUUGAAACUUUUGACGCUCGGGGUUGUACCGGCAUUCUCAAAAAGUGGAACAAAAGCAAGAGUUAUUCUGAAGAGAAUACAAGAACAAGGAUUGAGGAAUGGUCUUGAAAAUUUGGAAUGUUUGGUACAGAACUAACCGAGGAUGAACCCAACGAAUCAACCGGAAAAUCUUGUAUUCUACUUCCGUUUGAAGCAGUAGGAUGGACUGCUGGUCAGUCUGAUCCCACCUGAGAAGAGGUAGCUAGAAAUUUGGAAGACUUUUUUUGUUAAGUGAACCUCCGACCUUAAGAAGAAGAAUAUAUGUCAAUUAUUGGGAAAGAAGAUUGAGAGCUUGAUUUUAAGCAUAAGUUUUCAAUCCCUCUAUAGUACAAUAGUGGGCUCCCUCAAUGUUUUUAUCAUUUAGGACAUGUUUUGAGAGGCUAGAAAGUAAUGGGUUUGCAAUAGAUUGUAAUUCCAAGCUCACGUUUGGUUUAACAUUUCAUCUUAAUCUUCAUCAUAAUCUUGAUUCUUACA